GUACUAGAUGGUAUUAUUACAGGUAUGUACCUGAGAAGAUGAUUUUCUGUAUACCAUGAUGUAGUUUCUUUUGCCCUUCUACUCUGUGGGUUUUCUCCUGUAUUGAGUUUAACAGAUGACUGAUUGAGUGUCUCUGUUCUGAAAUGGGUGAAUGUCGUGGAAAGACUCACGUAUUCUGAAGAAAGGAGUGUUGAAACAGAGCUUUGUUAUUGAGAUGUGAAAGCUUGUUGCUGAUCCCUGAAACAAAGAAAGAAAAGGUUUCUGGCAUGAAGAUUGAGAUAGUGUUUCACACAUCGUUUUGUUUUGAACUCUUAAGAAUGUCUCUUGGUUUUGAACUUGAAUAAUUAAACUUCUGUUCACUCAACUCACUGAAGCCUUAAACUCUGAUCCCAUAUCUCAAUUUCACCCUUUUUUUCUCAUUUUGAAGUUCUGCAAGAUUCUGAAUUUUUGCAUUCGUCAAGUUUAGCUGUCAUCAAACACCAUGAACCAUCAUAGUUUCAUUUCUGCAACUCAAACUGAGUCUAACAAAGGAGUCAAACAGCCCUGUUGCACUGCUCUACCCCCAGUUCAUAAUUUUUUGAGUGUUGAAUCAGAAGGGCAAAGUCUAUCUACUGGUCAGUGUCCCUCUCCACAUCCAUCACCUUUUAUACGAAAAGAAUCUCUCAGUUCUACUAAUCAUAGUCGAGCACCUACAUCCCAGUCCCCCAAGUAUUGUUUUUCACCUGGACCGAGUAGCCCUGGGACUCCUUGUUCUCAUCUUCAACAUUCAAAGGGCUCAUUUUCACGGUCUUCCGUUUUUUGUACCAAUUUAUACCUAUCAUCUUCAUCAAGCUCUGAAACCCAUCGUCAACUUGGGAAUUUACCAUUUCUUCCACAUCCUUCCUCAUACAACCAGUCUGUUUCUGCAGUUGACUCAACAAAAUCUCCAUUGCUUUUCAGUGAGGAUAUAGGGAACCCAUAUGAAGAGGAGCAUUCAGAAUCUCUUAUGAAAGACUUCUUCAAUUUUCCUGGAGACAUUUCAGAUGGUAGCUUUCAUGGAGUCACUUGUAGAGAUGACAGUUUGGCAGUUAAUGAUCAUUUGGAGCUGCAGUUUUUGUCUGAUGAACUUGACAUAGCUAUAACUGAACAUGGAGAAACUCCCAGGCUUGAUGAAAUAUAUGAAACACCUCAAUCUUCAUCAAAACCUUCCAUUGGAGUGGCAUGUAAUCAGAGCUAUGUCUCUUCAGCACCACCUGUUGAUGCUCUUACAAAUCACCCCUCUCCUGGGCCAGCCACUGCACACAAGCCAAGAAUGAGAUGGACUCCCGAGCUUCAUGAGUCUUUUGUGGCGGCUGUCAACAAAUUUGAUGGAGCUGAAAAGGCUACUCCCAAAGGUGUAUUGAAGCUCAUGAAUGUAGAAGGUUUGACCAUCUAUCAUGUGAAAAGCCACUUACAGAAAUACCGACUUGCUAAGUAUGUGCCAGAGAAAAAGGAAGAAAAGAAGACUUGUAAUUCUGAAGAAAAUAGAGCAACUUCAAGCAGCAAUGAAUGUGAUGGACGGAAGAAAGGGAGCGUACAAAUCACUGAGGCCUUGCGCAUGCAAAUAGAAGUUCAGAAACAGCUGCAUGAACAGCUUGAGGUACAAAGGGCCCUUCAGUUGCGCAUAGAGGAGCAUGCAAGGUACUUGCAGAAGAUCUUGGAGGAACAGCAGAAAGCUGGCAUUGCCCUGAUUCCUUCUCAAAGCUUGUCAUCAAUGACCGAUCCGAGCAAAGAUUCUGAGGUGCAGCUUUCUUCUCCAUCAGUUAGUGGCUUGCCUAACCAACCAGACGAGUCCAAAACGGACUUGUCAUCAGCUCUACCAUCAAAACAUAAAGCUACUGACAAUAGUGAAUCGAAGCCAGAUGCGAAAAAGAUUCGUCUUGACGACGACAAGCCAGAAUCAGCUUCAGAUGAUGCAAUGGUUGAAAAUCCUAUGCAAUGACAGCUUCAGGGCCCUUUAAGAUUUUUCAUAGUUUAUUAUUUGUAUCAUCUUCAGCAUUACAUUGUACUUGUAGAUAUAGUGAGUUUCGUGUAGAUUAGUGAUUGAAUUUAGAUUAUGUUGAUUUUUUACUAUCUCUUGACAUUUUAGAGAUCUGAAUGAAUGAGAAUUUGCUUCUGGUUCAGUGCUGAAGCAAAGGAUGAAAACAA